GUGAAGGAUACAGAAAACAAAGCAAGCAAUGGGAUGACAUUUGUGAGGUUUGUUAACACUUUACAUGAAGAGGUCAACAUCUCCCUGGACAAAAAUAUCUCCCUCAGUGUUGCUGAAGACUAUGGUGUGUCUGCUUACACAACUGUGCAAAGAGGAGAAUACCUUGCAGUGCCUUGUAGAACAAAAGAUAAGGACUUUUCAUUGAAUUUGGGCUUACUCGAGUUUGGUGCAGCUUAUCUGUUUAUUAUUACUAAUGUAAGUAGCUCAUGGCCACCCCCACUCUCUCUUCCACAUGUCCAAAUCGAUAUCUCCUUCCUAGUAGAUGUGAAAUGGUACUCAUUGUGGUUUUGA